AUCGCUUAACCUCCGCAAAAUAAUAGACAAGGGAGGAUAGCGCGACAAGAAAAUGUGUGAGGUGGAGAGUUCGAUAUUCACGGCACGGAUUGAGAAUAUAUCAUCUCCAAUCCAUUCUCCAACAAAAUGAAUUUGUGGCUCCUCUAAAUAUUGAAUAUUGAAUAUUGAAUUAUUGAAUAUUGAAGAACAAACAUGGGGCGAGCGUUUGUGUACGUGAUACUGGGAGGUGGAGUAGCAGCUGGUUAUGCAGCUCUCGAAUUCACCAAAAAUGGUGUUUCUCCUGGUGAACUCUGCAUCAUUUCUGAAGAAUCGAUUAGUGUUUGGAUACAAGUGGCACUUAUUUUGUGAAUUAGGAUGAGGAUGUUGUACUUCUGGGCAUUGGCAUCUUCACAUACAACCGGAACCGGCUAUACCUUCCAAGGUACAUGGGCAAGGAAAUAGCCUUGGUUGUGCUAUGCACAAGGGUCUAACGGACUCUCUAAGAUACGAUCAUUUAUGGUUGCUCCUUAUGAGAGGCCUGCAUUAAGCAAAGGAUUUUUGCUUCCUGAAGCUCCUGCACGGCUUCCAUCAUUUCAUACAUGUGUUGGUUUGAAUGAGGAAAGGUUGACGACAAAAUGGUACAAUGAACAUGGCAUUGAACUUGUUCUUGGAACUCGUGUUAAGUCUGUUGAUGUAAAGCGAAAGACACUGUUGACAGCAACUGGAGAGACUAUAAGUUACAAGAUUCUCGUCGUAGCUACUGGCGCUCGGGCUUUGAAGCUUGAAGAAUUUGGGGUGAAUGCAUCAGACGCUGAAAACGUGUGUUAUUUGCGUGAUCUUGCUGAUGCGAACAAGCUUGUUGGCGGGAUCCAAUCUUGUGUUGGUGGAAAUGCUGUUGUUAUUGGUGGUGGCUAUAUAGGAAUGGAAUGUGCUGCGUCGUUGGUCAUAAACAAGAUCAAUGUGACUAUGGUCUUUCCUGAGGACCAUUGCAUGCCGCGGUUGUUCACAACCAAGAUUGCAGAUUAUUAUGAGGAUUAUUACAAGGGUAAAGGAGUCAAGUUUGUGAAAGGGACAAUCUUGAUGUCUUUUGAAUUUGAUUCGAGUGGGAAGGUUACGGCUGUGAAUCUCAAGGAUGGUAGUCGUGUACCUGCUGAUUUGGUUGUGGUGGGAAUUGGAAUCCGUCCAAAUACUAGUUUGUUUGAAGGGCAACUGUCAAUAGAGAAGGGUGGGAUUAAGGUGAAUGGAAAAAUGCAAACUAGCAAUAGCUCAGUUUAUGCAGUUGGAGAUGUAGCAGCAUUCCCAGUAAAAAUGUUUGGUGAAAUUCGUAGACUUGAACAUGUUGAUUCUGCAAGGAGGACAGCAAGACAUGCUGUGAGUGCAAUAAUGAAACCUGAGAAAACCGAAGACUUUGACUAUCUUCCAUUCUUUUAUUCCAGAGUCUUUGGUCUAUCUUGGCAGUUUUACGGGGAUAAUACAGGGGAGAUAAUUCAUUUUGGUGAUUAUUCAGGGAAAUGCUUUGGAGCUUAUUGGGUAAAAGAUGGGAUACUUGUUGGGUCUUUCCUUGAAGGCGGAAACAAAGAAGAAUAUGAGGCUUUAUCCAGAGCUACUAGGCUUAAACCUUCAGUUGAUAACUUGACUGAACUUGAAAACAAAGGUUUGAGCUUCUCCGUUGAAAUCUGCCAGAAGUUGCCACCAUCACCAAGUGUUAGCGUUGAAAGUUCCACCGAUAUACUAGUGCAAAAACCACUACACGUUUGGCAUGCAGCUGCUGGCGUUGUAUUUGCUGCUUCAGUAGCUGGCUUUGCGUACUGGUAUGGAACAAGGCGUCGAAGGUGGUGAACUAAAAUCUAUCUUUGUUAUUUUGUUUUAUUUUUAGUUAAGGCUUGUCGUAAAUUACAUAACACCAGUAACCAACUAGUGGUUACUGGUUACUGGCUUGGGAUAUAUUCACACUUAAUUUUGGCAGAUCAUUUUGUGUUAAUCAAUGGAUCGUUAUGUAUUCUAUACAGUAUUCCAUAUUAUAUUUGUUUAUAAGGUAAGAAAAAUACACACGGAGACCCUCCUCUCGAGAGUUUUUUCCUAGUU